UAGUGCCCCAGGGAUGUGCAAGUUUAGCUAAGUUCAGGGUUAGUGGGGGGAAACCGGAUGUGGGUGGGAUGAUCUCUGGAGGCUCAGUGUUGAGCCGAUGGGCCGAACUGCCUCAUUUUGCCUUGCAGGUAUUGUCCUGAUUUGAAGGUACGCCUGGGUGUAGGGCCUGAUGCAGGAGUUGGCAGGAGCAGUCAGAGCAGAAGUAGGUGCCAGGGAGCAGGGGGAGUGGUCGGUGUAUAAAUCCAGCGUGCCCAGUCAGCUACCAGGCAUUGGAGGAGCUGCUGGCAGGCAUGGCAGUCAGACUGCUCCUGGCGUCAGUGCUGGUGGGCAGCGUGAGUGCACAGUUCCCCAGAGCCUGCACCCAGGCCGGUGCGUUAAAGAGCCAGACGUGCUGCCCGGUGUGGGAUCAAGAUGGCUCAGUGUGCGGGGAGAAGAGCGGCCGGGGAAGCUGCCAGAGCCUGGUGGGGGCCCAGACGCCCGGGUAUUCCGGCCGGGACUUCCGCAUGGCCUGGCCCUCCAGCUUCUACAGGAGGCUCUGCAUCUGCAACGGCCCCUUCUCUGGCUUCGACUGCAGUGAGUGCAAGGACGGGUACUGGGGCCCGCUGUGCCGGCAGAGGCAUCUGACCGUGCGCCGGGCACUCCACGAGAUGAGCUGGGCGGAAAGGCGGCGUUUCGUGGACCGGCUGGUGCUCGCCAAGACCACCAUCAGCCAGCGCUACGUCAUCCUGGUCAGCCACAACACCUCGGAGGCGGGCAGCUCCAGCUUCCGCGAUGCCAGCGUCUACGACGUCUGCACCUGGGUGCACUACGUGGCGGCCAAGCCCAUCAAGACCAAGGACGAUCCCAACUUUGCCCACAUGGGCCCGGCGUUCGCCGUCUGGCACCGGCGGUACUUGCUCUUCUUCGAGAAGGAGAUGCGGCACCUGACCGGGGACGAGGGAUUCUUCCUGCCCUACUGGAACUGGACCCUAUCACCCAUCUGCGACAUCUGCACCGACGGGCUGAUGGGGCGCAACGGACCCUCGGGCACGCUGCUGCCCCCCUCGCCCUUCGCCAACUGGGAG